AAUAAAAAGGAAAGUGAAACACUAAGACUAACAGAAAGCGUUGACAGUUGACACUUAUAUUUACAAGGUUCUUACAUCUUAGGAGUUUGGUUCAUCAGAAUAAACCUGUGUUCUUCUUCUAUGGCAAACAAAUCUGUCAAGUACACUCUGGUUGAUGCGUUCACAGAGUCAGCAUUCAAGGGGAACCCUGCAGCUGUGUGUUUGUUAGAUGAAGAAGAAAGAGAAGACAAAUGGUUGCAAUCUGUGGCUGCAGAGUUCAAUAUUUCACAAACUGCUUUCUUGACUCAAAUACAUAGUAAUAAUCAUCAUAAUGGAUCAUAUUCUAUUCCUCGUUUUGCUCUCAGAUGGUUCACUCCUCUCAUUGAGGUCAAACUAUGUGGGCAUGCAACAUUAGCAGCAGCACAUACACUAUUUUCAUCUGGUUUGGUUGAUGGCAAUAAUAAUGUCAUUGAAUUUGUUACACUCUCUGGAAUAGUAACUGCCAAAAGAAUCCCAGCAAUCAAUGAUGAACAAGAAGGAAGCAAGGAUAGUUUCUAUGUUGAAUUGGAUUUCCCUGCUGACCCUAUCAAAGAAUCCAACUUUAAUGAGACUUCUCAAAUCUCUGAGGCAUUGAGUGGUGCUGAGAUCAUUCAUCUAAAGGGGACACAAAACUCAGAUGACCUGUUUGUUGUAGUGAAAUCUGGAGAAGCAGUGACAGAAGUAGAACCAAAACUUGAUGAAAUUGUAAAAUUUCCAGGAAGGGGACUAAUUGUUACAGCUGCUGCUCCUUCAGGCUCAGGAUUUGACUGCUACAGUCGUUUCUUCUGCCCGAAAUUCGGAAUCAAUGAGGAUCCUGUUUGUGUUACUGCACAUUGUGCCAUAGCAUCAUAUUGGAGCAAGAAGCUAGGCAAGUGUGAUUUAAAUGCUUAUCAGGCAUCAAGCAGAGGGGGUGUUUUAAAUAUUCAUUUUGAUGAGAAGAAGCAAAGAGUGCUUUUGCGUGGAAAGGCUGUUAUAGUGAUGGAAGGCUGUAUUCUGGUGUAACAUAAUUGCAUGUAUUUGGAUGAAGAAUGAUUUGUUAUUUCAAAAUUUGAAACUUAGUAUUUAUGUUGCAUCUUAAAAGAUCUUUAGGGAAAAAGUUUAAGUGGAGUUAGCUUGAAAGGCAGAGACCACGCCAAAAUUUAAAUAAAGGUGAUAAAAUGGAUGUUGACAUGAUGUUCCAAAAAAAUGUACACCUCUUUUAAUUGUUUUUGGAGUAAUUAUAUUUAGAACUUCUGAA